AUGUCGAAUUCACGUCCGCCAAAGCGGCAGCGUAUCUACCGUGCUUGCGACCAAUGCCGGCGGCGCAAGUCCAAGUGCGACGGAGAACAGCCCGUAUGUACCAUUUGCAGCCAGGCCAACCGGACUUGCACCUAUGAGACCGGUGGAGGACGUCGAGGACUGCCAUCUGGCUACGUGCGCAGCCUCGAAACCACGUUGGGUUUGAUGCUUCAAUAUGUCCCGAACAGCGAGAGCACAAUACACAAUCGAUUGCGGGAUUCGCGCGGCAAGGCCAAUAUCCUGGCGAGCAAGCUUGGGAAUCAGUCAGUCUCGAUCUGGCGAAAAUCGAAACUAUAUCGCGAUGUAUCGCAAUUGCUCACUCCGGGCUCGGAAGAUGAUGUUUUCGAUGACUCUGGGAGUGAGUCGGCGGAGAUGCGGGAGCCUGACGAAGCGAUCGAAACUAUGGACGAUCACAACAAUAUGAAUUCAUCAAAUACGGAAGCUAAUAAAUUCGAGACCGCACAAGAGCCGCCUCGGUCAAUACAACAGUCUCUUGAAUUGUUUGGUGCGCAAAUUCCGGACAACACAUCGGAGUUAGUCGACUUUUACUUCACCUACACGCAUUGCUGGUUUCCCAUUCUCGAACGCCGGUCAGUUCUACGCGCCAUGCAUAUCAGGCAUGAAAAAAAUACUGGAGAUCCAUCUUCUCAGAUUGUAUUAUUGUCGCUGAUUGCAUACACCUCCGCCAUGAAGGGAAUUUCUUAUCCCGGGGCACCAGAUCUAUUUUCUCUCCAGCUCGCUAUUGAGCAACAAGCUAUAGUCCGGUGGGAGAGCCUGGACCUGGGCCAUGUUCAAGCCAUGCUGAUCCUGGUGCUGAUCCAAAUCGCCUUGGGAAAUAUCGGUCAAGCAUGGACAUUGAUUGGCAAAGCUACAAGAAUCCUAGAGACCUUGCCCUUGUCAGCAAAAAAGGGCCGACUCGACCACACCUUCAAUGGAUGCGUCCUUUUAGACAAUAUCCUAUCAGCACUGCUUGGGCGGGCUCCGUGUCUCUCAAAAAAGGAGCAGCUGACAUACGGUCCCGUGAUAGAAGAUGAUUUGGAGGAGUGGGAUGUUUGGACUCCAUCCCGUUCUGGUACAGAUAUCACCGGAUGCAAAAGACCGGCCACGCCCUUGCGGACAUUGAGCAUAUCCAAUCAUAUCCAGCAGCUCAUGCAGCAUUUGUCUGUUAUAUUAUAUCAUCCUCUGAAUACAUCCCGCCUCGAAGAAUUGUUAGACGACCUACGAUCAAGACAGAACAUUUUAUCACGAAGUCACCCUUACGAUCGACGAAACCACGCAAACCCUCCUCUACUUCUCCUACACCUCAUUUCCAACUUUACAACUCUCUCCUUGUACCGUAGGUUUGAGCCGGUCUCGCCUGCCGUCAUGAAUCGAUACGUGACCACUGUUCAUCAAAUACUCGACCUCCUGGAUCAUUAUCGGGAGACCACUGGCCCAACCGGACUGUCUCCUCUGAUGCUUUGCUUCGCACUCCAGUGUGAAAAGUCGAUCGAAAAUAAAAAUCCAGAAGAAAGAGUCUCUCUCCAAACCCGCAUCUCAAGUUUUCUACACCCUCUCAAAACAAAUCCUUCCGGUGAAUGGACGAACCUACUCUCACACCCAACCCCGAUUCCAUCAAUCGAGCAACCAUACGGAGCAUUCGGCAACUCAAUAUCAAUACCAUGCUACCAAGAGAUUUCCACCCUAGCCAGCCAGCCAACUUUUGCAUCCCAACCAGAGCCAUCAUCAGUCAUAAAUGUACCGGCCAUCUCCGCAUCCAGCGAAUUCUCCAGGACAGGCGAUGCAGAAAUGUACGACGCACUCUUUGAGGAAAUGGUCACUUCAUUUCCCACCACUCGGUAUGUCUUAGCCCUCCUUUUGAACUGA